UCGCGACCGAAGCAAAACAUCGCGCACGAAACGCGUCAGAUUACGGAAAGAAAAAGGAAACAGGAAAAAUAAAAAGUUCCGAAGGAAGGGUUUUUUUUGGUGUGUGUUUUAGGAGCGCCGGGGAGAACCGACGGACGGAACGAUGGAGAAAACCGGAGACCCGGCGGCGCCGCUCCUCCCUUCACCGCCUCCGCCUCCGUGCUACGGCGUCCCCGCCUCCCGGAUCGGAGACCCCUAUCACGAGCCUCCCGCAUACGUCCUCCUCCCGGCCUACCCCGUCCGCCGGCGCCGCCGCGGCCCCUGCCGCUGCUGUGGCUCCUUCCUCUCCGCCUCUUCCCUCUUCAUCUCCUCCAUCCUCAUCGCCUCCGCUAUCUUCUUCCUCUGGCCUUCCGACCCCGAUAUCCAGGUCGCCCGCCUCCGCCUCGAUCGCCUCCGCGUCUCCCCCCCACCCCACGCUGCCAUUGACGUCUCCCUCGGUCUCCAGAUUCGGGUCCGGAACCAGGACUUCUUCGCCCUGGACUACCGCUCCCUCGCAGUCUCCAUAGGCUACCGCGGCCGGCCGCUCGGGAACGUGACCUCUGACGGCGGGCACUUGAGGGCAAGGGGGGUGUCGUACGUCGACGCCGAGCUCGAGCUCGACGGGAUCCAGGUCCUCAAUGAUGCCUUCUAUCUGAUCGAGGAUCUCGCCAGGGGCGUCCUACCGCUGGAUGCGGUCACGAAGGUCCAGGGCAAGCUGCGUCUCUUCUUCUUAGAAAUCCCCGUUCAGGGAAGAAUUUCUUGCUCAGUAAAUGUAAAUCCAGAAACUCAGAUAAUCAUUCGUCAGGACUGCUACCCUGAGGCACCAUCACCAUGAGUACGAGAGGGGUGGCGGCGGUGGUGAUCAAUUCUGUUGGCCUUCGUGUAUGUGAUGUGAUGAUGUUGCAUGAUGUUAAGGUGGCAUCUCAUGUUUCUGUCUGUGGAUAAGAAUCGGUUCUCAUUCCUUCAGCACAUGGGGGUGUUGUGUUCUCAUUCCUACAGCAUAUUGGGGGUGUUCUUUCAUCAUUUCUUUUGUGGCAUAUGAUCAGGGACUAAAAGGCAGUGCUGCCUAUGUUUUUGUUUCAUUAAAUGAAAAUGAAAGAAAUUUGUGUGUGGAA